GCGUAUUCUGCGUUGGGCGGGGCACAGACUUUUCCACGCCUCCUCCAAAUUCCCGCGAAAAACCGCCACCGCCUCCACGACGUCGUCUCCUGUUCAAUUUCCGGGAGAAUCCAAAGCGCCGGCGACGGUCAUGGCUUCUUCGUUGCUCAACGGAGAGAGAGCCGUCGUGGCGCUGUUCGUCGGCCGCGUCGUCUUCUCUCUACCGCUCUCUCUCCUCCCUCACGGCCUCGCUCUCUCCCUCCUCGCUAUCUCCGCUCUCGUCCUCGACGUCGUAGCCGACUCCUCCGCCGCUCUCCUCUCCCGAUUCCGCACCAGGCCCGGUGCUUCGUCUGGUAUAUUAUUGGGCGCCGUCACGUUGCCCACUGUUAUGAUCUCCAAAAUGAUACAGCUCUCUCGAGCUUUCUCACUCGGUCAAGUUACGUAUCAAGAGCUUGAAUCUUUGUCGAUGCAAUACUGGGCCAUUUCUGCCAGCUCCUUGAGUGUACUUAUUUUCCUCUGCAUAACUAUAUGGUGUACACCUGAGAAUAAGCCUCCCUCUUCUUUACCCAGUUUUUGGCUUAUCUUAAGUUGCAUAGUAUUGCACACAGCAGUUUGUUGUGUAACUCUUGGUACAUCAUCUCUCACGAGCUCUGAGGCUGCAUUGAAGUUAUCGUGGAUGCUCUGUCAUGGAUUGGCAGUUGUAAAGUUAAUUCAACAUGUUUUCAGAACUUUUCCAUCUUGUGCUUCUGUUGGGGAAGCAUGUCUAGUGGCUUCAGGUCUUGUUCUCUAUUUUGGUGACAUGUUGGCAUACACUAUAGCAAAGGUGUCUGGCUUCUUGAUUAAAUCAGAUAUGGUACAAUAUGGAAGUAAAACAAGUGAGAUAAAUAUUAUCAUACAGGGUUUACUGCUUGGUCUUCUUCUUUUUCCAAUGGUCUUCAAACUUGUUCUCCGACUAUGUGAAUGCUCUUUCACUACGGCUCGCUUUGAAGUGAGGACAAAAAAUGAGAUUUGGAGAUCAAUUAUAUUCUUUUCAUCUCUCGGAUUUAUCAUGAUUGUGCUCAUUCCAGCGUGGAUGCAGUUUGUUCAGGAUUUUCAAAUGCAUCCGUUCAUAUGGGUACUUUCAUUUAUAUUUUCGGAACCACUCAAGAGGUUAUCUUUGUGUGCCUACUGGGUUUGUGUGAUAUGUGUAUCUGUUCUGAGGUUCUACAACAUCUCAAAGAAUAGUAAGAUUGAGAGAAUUUUACUCCGUAAAUACUACCAUUUGAUGGCUGUCUCAAUGUUUGUGCCUGCUCUUAUCUUCCAGCCAAAGUUUCUUGAUCUAGCAUUUGGUGCAGCGUUGGCAGUUUUUUUGGCAUUGGAAAUUGUUCGAGUAUGGAGAAUAUGGCCAUUGGGACAAUUUAUACAAAAAUUCAUGAGUGCUUUCACUGAUCACCGUGACUCAGAUCUUCUUAUAGUCAGCCACUUUUCACUCUUGUUGGGAUGUGCUCUUCCUAUUUGGCUCUCGUCUGGGAACAAUGAUCGACCACUAUCCCCUUUUUCUGGAAUUUUAAGUCUUGGAAUUGGAGAUACAAUGGCAUCAGUUGUUGGGCACAAGUACGGGGUACUCAGGUGGAGCAAAACUGGAAAGAAAACCAUUGAAGGGACUGCAGCUGGUAUAACAUCUGUCCUAGCUGCUUGCUCCGUUUUGCUUCCCCUUCUAGCAUCUACUGGAUAUAUUGUUACCGAGCAUUGGAUCUCUAUUCUCGUAGCUGUGACUGUGAGUGGUUUAUUGGAGGCUUACACAGCACAACUUGACAAUGCUUUCAUACCACUCGUUUUCUACAGCCUGCUCUGUUUGUAAGUGCUUCUCCAACUCCUAGGAGGGAAAUACCAAAAUACAAAUUUCAGCGAAGACAGCUGGGUAAAGUCAUCCUUUACAUUUAUGUGCUUCCUGUGAGCACUCUUUUUGUAGACACAACUAAUCUGCUGAUGUACAGAUUGAAAAAUAGUUUUCGUUUUAGAUCUUAGGAAUACAUAAAAAGGGCAUUUCACUCAUUGUGCCUCUACAUGUAGUAUAGAAGAAAUACACUAAUUUUUAUUUUCGUCUUCCUUGAGAGAAAGGAGGCCUGAGGUUUGGUUAGGGAGAGAAUCACAUCGUAGAGACGGCGUAGCAGAUUUCUGUAUGAAUACUGGACACCGUCUGUUGUUGUAAGAACAUAAAUAUAUUAAGUUUCCUC